AGACGAUGACACGCUAAUCUGACUUCCAAUUAUAGCACUGUAACUGUUUGUUGGGAAACUUCCUUUUGAAAUUUCAUGACUCCGCAGACGAAUGACUUUCCGUGUGUGGUAGGCCUGGUUACGCGUGCUGGUGUUCAUAGGGUUAUAGGCGUUGAUAACGAUGUUGUCAGUUUUCAAGUACAAGAACUGAAGAUAAAGAAGAAAGUUAUUUUAAGUAUUCAGCAGGGCACGUUACAGCGUUGCAUCAUGGUCGGAGAAGCAGUUUACAGCGCCUUACAGAAGGGUGAAUUUUAUGAAUAUGAGUUUGAUAGAUGUUUGGAUAAUGCUUCUGAUGUUGAGGAAGACAACGCACCUGAUGAAAUACCGGUACUCUUCGGGAAGAGUCGUGGUCAUGAAAUGAAUAUGUCGAGGGAUUCGUUUGUUGAGCUACAUGGUGGCCAGGUGACGGUGGUAUGCAAGUCAGAAACAAAACUAGAAAAGAGUUUAGCGGAUCCUAGGCCUAUACCAAACGAUAGAUACUACUUAGCUAAAUGGAUUCUCUUGCUUCACGGGGUCGGAACACUUUUACCAUGGAAUAUGUUCUGUACAGCUGAGGCGUAUUUCACUGAACAUAAAUUUGGCGAUGUAAGCGAUGAAUCGGAAUACAAAGAAAAGUUCUUGAGUUACCUGGGUAUUGCUGCGUUCUCACCUACCUUAGUCUUCAUGAUCAUUUCACUCUUUACACAACACCGGGUCUCCCAUUGGAGGGCACCAGUUUGUCUAGUAUUUUUACUGCUCCUCUCCUUGGAAACCACAGUACUAGCCAUCAUCGAUACAUCUGCAUGGCCUAAGCAAUUCUUCAUUAUAACUAUGGCGACGAUUGUUGUGAUCAAUGGAGCAUGCGCAGUGUACCAGUCAGAUAUGUUUGGUUUUGCAGCAAAAUUUCCACCCUCUUAUAUGCAAUUUCACGUUACUGGACAGGGCGUUGGAGGAUUUCUAAGUGCAAUUCUAAACAUAAUGUCAUUGGCAGUAUCCGAUUCUUUACGAACUGCUGCCAUUUUGUUUUUCUCCUGUUCGUUAGUCGUAAUUAUGAUGUGCCUUGUGUCAUAUUUUGUACUCCUAAAACUCCCAAUCACUAUUUAUUACCACAGUAAUGUAAAUCAGGAAUGUACUACGGCCAUUUCGUACAAGAAAGUAGAUGAACCUUGUGAGAAGCCGUCGCCGCCAUAUUUACUCAUUGCAAAAGAGAUUAAGCUUCAACUUUUCAAUGUUUGGUCAACGUUUUUCGUAACCCUCGCCCUCUUUCCGUCCGUAUUAGCAUUCGUUGAAUCCUCGGCUCCGAAGCCACAUUCACAAUUACGAGAAACAUAUUUUACUCCCGUUUGUUGUUUCCUGUUAUUUGCUACGGGUGACGCAUGUGGCAGUUUUCUCUCAGGGCUUACUCAGAAACCAGGACCUAGAUAUAGCUGGAUAUUUUGUAUUGCAAGGAUAAUAUUGUUUCCACUCAUCCUGUUCUGCAACUACCGGCCUGAAACACGUACCUUACCCGUGUUCUUUACCAACGAUAUGUUUUUCAUUGUCUUCAAUGUUUGCAUUUCACUAUCACACGGAUACCUCAAGUCAAUCGUUAUGAUGCACGGACCCAGGUGUGUGACCGAUCCGAAGCACAGUAGUACGGCUGCAGCUAUGAUGGCGCUGUUUAUGGUUAUUGGUAUCUACAUGGGUGUUCAAACUUCUCUAAUUUUCCCUUGGAUUUCCAGUUUAUCGUGACGUCAUUAAGCCAUUAAUAGGUCUAAAUAUUUGAAUAACAACGUCAAGCCCUACAUUAUGGAGACUCAAUACUUUGAUCAAUAUUACUAAUACCGCCUGAAUUGAAAAAAAAA